AUGAACCGGGUUGCAUGUGCGGUUAUUGUUACAGUUUUCUGGGUCAUCGCUGUUCCCACCACUGGCCAUAUGUGUGGAUCGCAUACAUUUUGUCGCAUAUCCGAACUGGACAUUACCGCCACAUCGGAAGGAUUGAGUGUUCUAAAGCAGGAACCGUGCGCCACCUACAGUAGCAUUCAAAUCCAACGACUCUUCAUGGGUACGACGACGAUCGCCACGCUGUUGAUCAACGCAUCAGCUCUCACCAACAACUUGCACCUUAAGCAAUAUCACGAGCAGAGCAUACUUCUACCCAGUGCACAUACUCUGGAAGCACUAACGCUGCAAGAAGCGCCUCAACUACACACGAUCACUGUCCAAACUAACAGGCAUCUGAAACAGCUCGAAAUAACUCAGUGCGCCAUUUCGUUUGUGCCACCUUCCAUCCGCAACUUGAUUUCGUUAAGAGAGCUACGGCUAAAGUUUUGUCCGAUCAGGGUUCUAAAUCUGGCGUUGCUCAGCAGUCUAAAGUACUUGGAAACGGCACAGUUUAUGGGUAACAACAUCACAAUCAUUUAUCCACCGCAAGCGUCCAUCGCACAGAACAUCCAAACGAUCGACCUAUCGUACAACAAGGUGCAACAGAUAGACAUGUCGGCAUUCAGAACCUUGAAGCAGAUGAACAAUCUUAAUCUCGCCUACAAUCGGUUAGCUACAAUCGAAUAUCCGCCCGACGGAGUUGUGACACUGCCUCGUCUGACCACGCUGUAUCUAUCCAACAACAAGAUCAAGAGAAUUUCGUUCGUUCAGCUGAAUGCAUCCAGCAUGGAGUUUUUGGAGCUUUCUUCCAACAGACUAUCCACAAUGCCGGAGCAUAUCGACCAGUUUCCCAAACUGAUACUCCUGGCGCUCAACGAUAAUGGUCUCGGUACGUUCGACUUUGCCAGCCUGGAGAGUCUCAGCAAUCUGCAAAGGCUAGAAUUAAACAACAACCGUUUACGAAGCAUCGAUCUACCGAGUGAAGUGCUGCUGCCCAGCUUGUUCCAGCUGUCACUCGCGAACAACCAACUGACAAGUGUUGCGCUAGAGCAGUUGACUGCUCCGCGUCUGAGUCUCAUAGAUCUGAGCAGCAAUCUUCUGAAGGUGAUACCGGACGUGUUCGAAAAAGACGUCAACCAGCUGCAGUAUGUGAACGUUAUGGGUAAUCCGCUGGUUUGUGGGACUUAUCAGAAAUACAGGAAGUACAUUCGAUUAGGGAUACUCAUCCCCAAAUGGAUAUUGCGAAAGGAGGAAUUUUGCUCGACAGGAAAAUACUUCAUUCUAACCAGCACGCGACGCGUUUGUUUUGGCUUGAUGUUGAAGUUUUACACGGUUGCGACCUUAAUCGCUUUGCCCAAGACGAUACACUUUACAACACUCCGAGGAACCGGUAAACAGACCUCCGAAUAUCUGCAAAACCAACUAACCACGAACCACGCAUUGGCAAUCGUAGAACGAGUUGUAUUGGUGGGGACUUCGGUCGAUAGUUUCAUCGACCAUUUGUCCCUGUUCAUCGGUUGCCUCAGUUUUAAUGUCUUCUACGAGCAAACUUUAACGAUACCGGGCAACAGUAUGCUGCUGUAUUUGACAAUACGGAAAGCGAUGCAGCUAAAGUCUAUCACUGUUAGCCCCAACGCUACGCUGCAAAAGUUCAUCGUUGAGGGCUGCAACCUGAGCUCGAUCCUGACCACAGUAGAAAACCUCACGCAAAUACAGCAUCUCACAAUAACGGAAUGCGGAAUCACCCAUCUUAAUUGGAGGCUGUUCGCAAACAACCGGUUGCUGGAGUUGUUAAAUCUGAACGGAAAUCGAAUAGCAACGAUUUCCCGAUUUGACACUGCGAACAUCACCAUAAAGAAACUGUACUUGGACAACAAUCCCCUGCACUACCUGGACCUGCAUAGGCUGGUGAACUUGCGACAGCUGCAGCAUCUCCAUAUGCAGAGUUGCAACCUCGUACGCCUGUACGCGUCCGUGCCAGUGACGUUGUCGGCUCUUCAAGCUAUUAUACUGGUAAACAAUAGCCUUAACACAGUGCACCUUGUGUUUCUCGAUGCCCCCAGUCUGUCCCACAUAAACCUGUCAAACAAUCGCAUCCGUAAGCUACCAUUGGACUUGGUCAAGUUUACCCGACUUAUGCAUCUUAUCCUGUUGCGCAACAAGUUGAUUACCUUCGAUGUAUAUGCACUCACAGGACUGACCCGUUUGCAAUCGUUUUCCGUCCAAUCCAACCGUUUAAAAUCGUUCACCGCCAGCCGGUCCGUGACACUGCCACACCUGAAAUGGCUAGACCUGGGCAGCAAUUUGCUCGUAGAUAUCGAUACCUACGAUCGCUGGAAUUUUCCCUCGCUUCAAAACAUUUUGUUGGAAAACAAUAGCUUUACUGCGGUGCCACAGCUGCACAAUCGCUGGCCAAAUGUGCAUUUGAAGAUGUCCUAUAAUCCUGUAACAUGUUCGUCGCUGGAAGACUUCGUUGACCAGAUACUGUACAAACGCAAACUCAGCAUAGAGCGAGUCAAGUGUCCUAAUGGUGAUGUGAAAAGGAGUGAUUUAAUCAAACGAAACUGCUGCAUUAUGAGGCAGGAAAACGAAACAAGUCUGCCCACUGUGUAG